UCGCCGGCGCUUCCUUCUCACCUCCACCGGGCGGCGGCGGCAGCUGUCCAUGGCGAGCGCGCCGGGCCGCAGGAGCCGGGCCGGCCUCAGGCUCUGCGCCACAGUGAUAUUAUUUAAUGUGGCUUUCUGUAAAGGCUUUGUAGAAGAUUUGGAUGAAUCGUUUAAAGAAAAUCGAAAAGAUGAUAUUUGGCUUGUAGAUUUCUAUGCACCGUGGUGUGGCCAUUGUAAAAAAUUGGAACCAAUUUGGAAUGAAGUUGGUCUUGAGAUGAAAAGCAUUGGCUCUCCAGUGAAAGUUGGAAAGAUGGAUGCCACUUCCUAUUCUAGCAUUGCUUCAGAGUUUGGAGUUCGAGGUUAUCCAACAAUUAAGCUAUUAAAAGGAGACUUGGCAUAUAAUUACAGAGGACCACGAACUAAAGACGAUAUUAUUGAAUUUGCUCAUAGAGUGUCUGGGGCUCUAAUCCGACCACUUCCAAGUCAGCAAAUGUUUGAACAUGUGCAGAAGCGACAUCCUGUGUUCUUUGUUUACGUAGGCGGUGAAUCACCACUGAAAGAGAAAUACAUAGAUGCUGCUUCAGAACUCAUUGUGUAUACCUACUUCUUUUCUGCCUCAGAAGAAGUGGUUCCUGAGUAUGUGACGCUAAAAGAGAUGCCAGCUGUGCUUGUUUUCAAAGAUAAAACAUACUUCGUUUAUGAUGAAUAUGAAGAUGGUGAUCUGUCCUCAUGGAUAAGCAGGGAGAGGUUUCAGAACUACCUCACUAUGGAUGGCUUCCUCCUGUAUGAACUGGGAGACACAGGAAAGCUGGUGGUGAUUGCAGUUAUUGAUGAGAAAAAUACAUCACUUGAACAUACCAGAUUAAAGUCAAUUAUUCAGGAAGUGGCUAGAGAUUACAGAGACCAUUUCCAUAGAGAUUUUCAGUUUGGCCAUAUGGAUGGAAACGACUAUAUAAAUACCUUGCUGAUGGAUGAAUUAACAGUCCCAACUGUAGUUGUACUGAAUACUUCAAACCAACAAUACUUUUUGCUAGAUAGACAAAUUAAGGAUGCCGAAGACAUGGUCCAGUUCAUUACUAACAUCUUGGAUGGCACAGUAGAAGCCCAAGGAGGUGAUAGCAUUUUUCAGAGAGUGAAAAGAAUAAUAUUUGAUGCCAAAUCUACUAUUGUGUCCAUAUUCAGGAGCUCACCACUUAUGGGCUGCUUUCUCUUCGGUCUGCCACUGGGUGUCAUCAGCAUCAUGUGCUAUGGAAUCUACACAGCUGACACUGAUGGAGGCUACAUAGAAGAGAGAUACGAAGUUUCUAAGAGUGAAAUGGAAAGCCAGGCACAGAUAGAAGAGAGCAAAGAGCAACAGGAGCCAAGUGGUAGAGAAUCACUAGUACCGGCCAUGCAAGAGCCUAAGGAUGUCUUAGAAAAGAAGAAAGAUUGAGACUUUGCAGCUAUGGAAAUUACAAGAGUCUAUUUAUUAAAUUUAGAUAUUUAAUCAUGGUCCUUACAGGAAAGUAUUUGUAUUUUGCUAAUACCAAUUGCAUGGGUUAAAGUAGUCCUUCUACAAAUGGGGAGACAUUUGUAGCAAAGAGAAGAAUGGCUUAUCUAAAAAUCCAGAUCAUACCAUCAGAAUUUACCUUGUGGAUAUUAUUAUACACAUCAGUUCUAUUUGCAUGUUGCUCUAUCUGAAUAUUCUGCAACAAAGUUAAAAUUGGGCAGAAUAUUUAAGUUGGUCAAUCAGAUAGAAAAUACAUGUUGGAUAAAGAAAAUAAUACCUCCCCCCUUCUGCUAUCCAUUCUCAUAUAUUUUGUAUAAGAUUUAUAUAGGCAAAUUUAAAUCUUUAAAGUUUAGACACUAAGGAAAGCCAGUAACUUUUUCCAUGUAUCAAAUUAAUAAAAUUCUGAGGUUAAUGUGGUUUUAUAUAGCAUAGUGAUUUUAUUUAAUUACUUUUAAAGGAGAGGAAAUGUUACUUUUUAAUUUUAUACUCCGUUAUGUUGUUAUAAAAAUUUUUAUAUGGGUCUGUAGAAUAGAGAAGGAAAUUUUUGUGACUGACCUGUGCAGAAAGCCAGGGUGUACUGGGGGCAGCGGCCGCAGGCCCCGCCCUGCAGCACUCCAGCCCAGACACUCACUGGUCAGAAGGAGAGCAUGUCUCUUAUUUCUACUUUGCUCUAGCCUAAGUGGCUAAGGGUUUUAAUUUUGUUUCAUUUUGUGUGUGUGUGUGUUUUGGUGUUUCUUCUAAAAUUACCUAUGAUUUAA